AUGGAUGUAGAAUUGAGCUUGGAAGAAAUGGAAAAUGCCGUACGAGAAGCUGGCCUAUAUGAAUCAGGUAUGAGUAGAGAUGAAAUCAAAUCAUGUUUCAAUAUUGUCUCUGAAUCCAAAGAUGCUGCUUCAGAUGAAAACAAUUCUAGAAGACUCUCCAGAAGUCGGCAGGAUUUACUGAAUGCUUUAAAUGACAAAACAGCAAACAGUCACAGUUGUAAGAAGGGUGACUUCAAGCCUAAGAAUUGGAAUUCAGAAAAACUAGUUGUUUCAACACUGACUAAAAAUGAACUAUCAGGAAUGGAAGAUUCAGAGGAUGAAUUUGAUCUUCCUUCAAAAACUGAUUCUUCCAAAAAAGCUAUUGAACCAAGUUUAAGUCAGAUACUUGAAGAUGAAGAAAACACUGAUAAUCCCUCAAAUGAGGAUUGUAUAAAGGAUGCUAUGAAAGCAAGUUUUGGAUUCAAUGAUAUGCUUGAGUCCACAGAAAAUACUUUGAGAUUCAUACCUCGCAAAUUAGAGUUUAUACCAAUUCAGUAUACUAAAGAAUUCUUGAAAGCAAACAAUCACAAAAAAGCAAAAAUGUUAUAUGCCUACCACACAAAGAUGAAUUACCUCAGAGAUCAAGCAGCAAGGAAAUCAUUCUUUCCAGCUCCAAUGCCUGUUGCUAUCAGUUUGAAUGAACAUUUUAAUGAUUUUUCUGAUGAUCUGGAAGCUAAAGAGACAUAUGUAAGUCGCUCAGGGCGCCAAACUAAGAGAAAAGUUUAUUAUGAAAAUGAAGAUAGUUCAGAUGGUAUCAUAACUACAAAGAAAACAAAAAAUGAAGUAGAAUGGCAUGGUAAAAAAGAUAAAACAAAAAUGGACACAAAGAUAGAAACAAGAUCAGAGGCAAAGAUAGACCAAGAUAUAAUCAGCAACAAACAAGAGAAUGAGAUUUUAAACCAAACUGCACUUGUAGAUGGAAGUAAUUCUACUAAGAAAGUGUUGAAUGAAAAUACUAAGCAAACCUCAAGUAAACCAAGGCAAAGAAAAUUAACAAACGCUGAAAUAAUGAAAACAUCUAGCCUUUUCGCAGAAUCACCACAAAGACCUUCUAGGACUGAUAUAAUGUUUGAUAAGUUGAAGGAACAGGAGGUUAAAAGAGUGAAACAGGAGAAGUCAAUGGAAUCAUUUGAACAAACUAUCGAAAAUUUGGACAUAGAAAGUGAUGACAAAAGCGAUGAAGAUAUUAGUAAAAAUGAAAUUAUAUCUGUCGACGAUGAGGAAAUUGUUCCAAGGAGAGUAAUUCCACCAUUACCUGGAAGAAAACCGAUAAAUAGAAGGAGAAACAAAAAUCAUGAACUAGCACCUUUAGAUGUGAAAGUAUCCUCAACAACAAGAAAUGGUGGUGCAUCCAAGAAUUCUCAAAGUCCUACUUCUAGUAUUGAAUCCGCUGCAACUGCAUCAGUGAAGCCAUUGAGAAAAAGGCAGAACAUCAACAGAAGUCAGUCAGAAAUUCAAAUCGAAAAUGUGGCUAGUACUAGUGAUGACCACAAUUCAUCACUUCCAUCAAGUACUAUAGAAUGUCCGAUGUGUGGACAAUAUUUCUUAGAAUCGAAAAUAGAGGCACAUGCCUGGACUUGCUCCGAUGAACAUGUUUCAACCAGAUCUUCACCAAGAGCAUCACGAAAGCAAUCAUCAAGGAUAACUUGCCACAUUUGUGAUAAAGUUGUACCUCUGGGUACCCACUACGAAGUACACGUCAGGGAUUGUAUCAGUAAGAAACAGGAACAAGAAUCACAAUAUCAUUGA